AUGAAGCAACAAAGACCCAAAAGCAAGGGCAAACACAGCCCGGCCGACCACGACCCGCUCACGCAGGCCCUGCAGCCUCCGCCGGACGAGACCGAGCCACAGCGGCUGCUGCGGUUGCAGCACGAGGCUGCCGCCGCCGCGCGCUCCGCCCAGAUCGACUCCGAGCUCGACCGACAACGCACCGCUGAGAAGAAGCGGGGCAAACCCGUCAAGCUCCUCCUGCUCGGUGCGUCAACGUCUUUCCAAAGUCUCCGUGUAUUUCGUGCGGACCGCGCCGCUUGGCGUGCUGUCAUUCAGCUCAACAUUGUCCGCUCUGUCCGAUUCGUUCUUGACACGCUCAGCGCUCCCUCGUCGUCACCGCAAUUAACGCCCCACCAACGUCAUCUCUGCUCGCGUCUUUCCUCUCCGCUCCAACACGUGGAAACCCUCCUCGUUCGAAAGCUGUCUGUAGACGCCUCUCUCUCCGAACCCGCCCUACUUGGCGCAGCAGCUACGUCGGUCGGCCGCCCCGACGGUCGACUCGUCCCGUUACAAAGUAAACACCCCCGUGAUAUCUGUGUCAACGUCAACGCCCGUUCCGGCUGGCACGGAGCCUUUGUUCCCAGCACUCACGACCAUCACCAUGACCACGAUACGGACCCAGAUGGUCCUGCUGCGGUUCUUCAUGCGUGCGCGGAGGACAUGUCACGGCUGUACCGCGAUCCGGUGAUUCGCAGUGUACUACGCGAAAAGCAGGUCCAACUGGAAGACAUGGGCGGUUUCUUUCUCGAUUGCGUAGAGCGCGUCACGGCGCCCGACUAUAUUCCGACGGAUGAUGACAUCCUGCGCGCACGUAUCAAGACGCUUGGCGUGUCCGAAUACCGCUUCACGCUCGGCACGAACGGCAGCGUCGGCCGAGAUUGGAGGGUGUACGACGUAGGCGGACAUCGAUCACUGGUAGCGGCGUGGGUACCGUUCUUUGACGAUAUGAACGCGAUCAUCUUUCUUGCUCCUAUGAGCGCGUUCGAUCAGGUGCUCGAGGAGGAUCACAGUGUCAACCGUAUAGAAGACUCGGUGCUCCUCUGGAAGUCGAUCGUGACCAAUCCGCUGCUGGCGCAUACCAACCUGGUCCUGUUCCUGAACAAGUCGGACAUCCUCCGCGCGAAGCUCGCGGCGGGGAUCAGGUUCGCGGAUUACGUCGUCUCGUACGGCGGGCGGCCGAACGAUUUCGAGAGCGUGUCAAAAUAUUUGAGGCGAAAAUUCCAUACGUUGCACAAGGAAAACUCGCCGGAGACGAGGCCGUUUUAUUGCCAUACGACUUGUGUCACCGAUACGAAAUCGACGUUUGUGAUACUCGAAAACGUGCAAGACACCGUCAUUCGGGAUAAUCUGAAGAGGAGCUAUCUCAUGGAUUAGGCCUAGUAAUCUCUCGUCAGUGGAGCGGUGGCGGGCUGGCGCGUUGCCAACCUUUUCCCAGAACGUCAGCGCCUCAGUACCCUCGUUUGUUGUUGUUCGAUCGGUCAUCUCGGACGUUCCCUCGUCAUCGAUUCUUCUCGUCGUCGGCAUCCACAAGAGUGUUUGUAUAUUGCCAUGUCGUCU